GAGGCCGGCUAUAAAACCGAUGUGCCGGAGUGGGGAGCGCAUUCGAGCUCCGUUCGUCACGCUGUGAAGUUCAGUUCAGUUGUGUUGUUCGUUCCUACUCGAGUUUUCCUCAAUAUCUACGUAAAGUUUAACUUUCUUUGAAAAUCUUCAAUCUUUUCAACGAAAAUGAAGGCAGUCGCGAACCCAGUGUACCCCACCAACCAAACCGUGUCAACGGGUCGCGUCCAGCGUCCCCGACAUCGCGAUAUCGAGAACGAGGAAAUCCAAAUGUACAUCUCCAAGUUGAAAGAACUCGUUCCAUUCAUGCCGAAAAACCGCCGUCUCUCCAAGUUGGAAGUGAUACAGUACGUGAUUGAUUACAUUUGUGACUUGCAGUACGCUCUGGAAUCCCAUCCAACUGUGGUCCAGGACGCCGCCGCAGCCAUCAUCAGGAACUCCGCAGCCGGUGGAUUGACGACAUCCUCGCCGAACACCCCCGCCACUCCCCGGCAGCCACUUGGAGUCCUGGCGCCCAACACCAUCCUCGCAGCGGCGUCGUCGUGUUCCACGCAGGAAGCCUCAACGGCCCCCGUCCUCCUGCUAGACAAGGUUGCGACACCGCCUUCAGACACCAGACCAGUCUCGUGUUAAUUUUCCACUUACCACCGCAGAAGCAGCAGCACUGUGAUCUCCACAACAGAGGAAGAAGACACUCUCUCUCACUCUGGAUCGCCGCCGGCGCUUCUCGUUUGUAGGCUAGUGUACAUUAUCCUCGAGGGUUUUAUUUGAUUAUCUAUUUUGGAAUGAUAUGCUAUCUCACCCGGAUGGAAGAUAUCAACAAUCAACCAAAAAUACGUCGACUCCUCUCUUUGUCAAAUUGGUAUCAGCCUAUAAAAUAAUUGUUUAUAUUGCUUUUGAUUUGUUUGUUUUUAUAGUUUGUAAUACAUAUUUCUAUAAUUAUUCUUGUUCAAUGAUAAUGUUAAUUGGUGGCUUGAUGGUACAUUCCACGUACAAAUUUAAAGUGGACAUGGAAUGUUCAUAAACUCAAUGAGAGUUUUCGAGAAACACAUUGAGAAAUGGUUUGAGACCAAAAAUGUGGGAUAAUUAACCUCAUGAAGAAUCUGCUUUCUUAUUUCCCUUAAUGUUAUAGUCAAUUUCAGUUUAUUUUAUUUUUAUCUUAUUCACUCUAUUGUAAUAAUAUCGAAUAUCUUUUUUAUUUUGGAAAAUAUUAGGCUUUUGUAAUUUGGUAAAGUGUUGAGUAAUGCUAAUAAGACUGGUUAUUAUCAUUCCAUCGUACAUGAAGGACAUUUCCUUUUUUCUAUAGAUAACUUUGUCCUUCAUGAGUUGUAUUAUAUUUCGGUUUGUAGAUUAAGUAUAAAUAUGUGUAAAAAAUAUAUAUAAUUAUUGUUAUUGUUGUCUGUGAUGUUAUGUAGUUUACCUAAUCUUUUUUUUUUAAUAUUGAUUGAAAGAUAUAUUAUUUUGUAAAAACAAAUUAUAAUGUACGAACGUAUAUUAUGUUAUGAGUUUUCUAAAAGGAUAGACUUACUUUGUCUAAAUUUUUAUUAUUCCCAAUAGUUUGAAAUUGUUUUCGGUUUUCCCCAAUAUUGUAAUCAUAUCAGAAUAAUUCAUGAUGACUCCUGUAUUAUGUCAGAAGAUUCCAUUUGAAACUGCUGUAUUUUGUAAACAUUUUAUAUAGUUGUCAAAAAAUAACAGAUAUCCUAAUUUUUGUGAUUUUUCUACAAAAUAAUAAAUGUUUUUGCACUUGUCUUGGAUUUGGAAUAAAAAAUGUUGAUCUCCAUAUUA